CUCGUGGCUCCCGAAGGUAAACAAACAUUCUGGCGGGAUGAAAACCCUUGUCGCCUAUAUGUGUACUUGAUCUCACCGACAUCAGGUGGGAUAGAUGGCUAUUUAUAGUACUACAUAGUGAUGGCAGGAAUAGCAGCAUUGUUUAGCAGUUGAUGGUGGUAUGUAUAGACACACGUACUACCUGCCACCACCAGGAUGAGUGAGAUAGCCAGGCUGGAGCGGGAGAAGCGCCGAGCCCUCAACAAGAAUAAUCUGCGUGAGGUUGCCAACCUUUCAAACCUCUUGGGACAGGAACUGCAGGAAAUUGGUGAUUAUGAGGGAGCUCUUGCCCAGCACAAGGAGGAAGGGGCCUUAUGUGAGGCUCUCAAGGACACCAUUGGACGAGCGAUCUCUCAUCGGCGGCGUGGGGAAGUGUACUGUGAUAUGGGAGUGUGGGAGAAGGCUCUUCACCACCAGCACCAGCAUCUCCUCCUGGCAAAGGAGGCGGAGAGCUUGGUGGAGGAGCAGCGAGCUUAUGCCACAAUUGGCCGCACACACCUACAGAGAGCUGAUGAUUGUGCAAGUAAUGGGCAAGAAGAGGACAAAGCCAAAGCUCUAACAGAGGCGGAAAAAGCUUUCCUACGCUCACUCUCUACCUGUGAACGUCUGAAAGGUGCAGUGGACACAGUAGAGCACUGCCAGAUGCGUUGCCGGCUUUACCUGAAUCUGGGUUUGGUGCUGGACCAGCGGGGAAACUCAGACAAGGCUUGUAACUUCAUUAAUCAGGCACUUGAGUUGUGUGCCAGCCACAGCCUUCAUGAAGACAUCCAACGAUGCCACUCAGCUCUGGGAACUAUUCUCCUUAAGAGGAGCCUUUAUACUCAAGCAUUGCAGGAGGGGCAAAAGGCUUUGGCUUUAGCUGUCAAGCUACACAACAAAGCCCUGCAGUGUGAAGGAUACUCAUUCCUGGCACAGGUUCAUCUUCAUAACAGUGAUUUUGAAGCUGCUAAAAGAUGUUACUACAAAGCCUUCAAGUUAAAGCAUCCAUUUAGUGAAGAUCAGGAAAGGAUAAAGAAUAACUUGAAACUUACUGUGAGUCUUUGUCAAGCUGAAAAUGCCUUGAUACUUCUUGGUGAGUCAGAAACAGAAGAGAAAAUCAAAUUUAAUGAGAAGUUUGGUGAUAGCUUAGCAAAUCUUGCAUUGUACUCUCAAGCACUUGUUUAUUAUGAAAGAAUGCUAGAGUUAUCUCUGAAGUUUGGCAAAGAACCCUCAUUUCUUGCUCCAAUAUAUUUGUCCUUGGCAAGAACUUACUCUGACAAUAAACAGUAUGAGGAAGCCAAAAAGUAUUAUAUGAAGGAGUAUGACAUCAAGAUCAAGGAAGACUAUGGAGAAGCUUGCAAAACUCUGCUCAGUAUAGGAGAUGUGAAAGCCAGCCUACAGGAAUCUUAUGCCUCAAUAAGCCACACUUAUCAACAAGCAAGAGAAUUGGCUGUCAAAGCUAACAAACCAAAACUUGAAGCCUAUGUACUGAAUCAGCAUAUGUCUUUGAGAAUUCCUGAGUCUGAAAAUGAACAGCUUCAGGAAGCAUUUAAAAAAAUCAUAAAAGAAAAUGAUCUAGACUCUGAUAUAGAAUUGAGUGAAGAAGAGGAAGAGGAAGAUGAUGAUGUUGACUUAGAUCUGGAGUACUUUUCUGACAGCAGCAAUGAAGCAGAAAACUUAGACAAACCACGGCAGUCACGUCAGAGGAAAUCAUUCGCCAUCAAGAGGAAUGAAAAAGGAGAGACUCCUCUCCACAAAGCUUGUAUUGCUGGAAAUCUGAAAAUGGUUAAAAAGCUUUUGCAACAGAAUCAUCCUGUCAACCUCCGAGAUAACUGUGGGUGGCUGCCUAUUCAUGAGGCUGCCAACCAUGGCUAUUAUGAGAUAGUGCAGGUGCUGGCUGAGGCUGGGGCCUGGAUUAGUGAUCGAGGAGGACAGCAGUGUGAUGGCAUUACUCCUAUCCAUGAUGCUGCAGCCUGUGGGAACCUGGAUAUUGUGAGGCUGCUGAUGAAUCUGGGUGCCUCAAUCACAGCCAAAACUAAUGAGGGUGACACUCCUCUUGAGAGUCUAGUCAAUUAUAGACUCAGAACACAAAUGUCUGAGAGAGAUAAGGAGGAAUGUCUGGCACUAGAGCAAGACCUUAAAGAAAAGUUAAAACAAGCUGGUCAUAAAAUUCCUAAAAUACCACAUGUGAAUCCUUUAAAGUGCACUCCAACGCCCAAGACUUCUAAAUCCCAAACACAACAAUAUGCCAAACGAUUGAGUCCUUCAGACAAAGAGAAUUCUUUGAGUUCAAAGGAGACUUCUAAUUCAUCCAGAUCUAUGUCAUAUCAUACUGGGAGAUCUUUAGAUAGACACAUUGGAGAGUCAUCACGGCACAGUUCCCCACCACCUUCAGUGGAACCUUUAUCCCCUGCACAGGAAGAGGAAGUGGCUGAUGAUAAUUCAGAGGAUUUUUAUAAUCCACUACUAGAAGAUUUGCAGAACACAACUUCUGCUACAGGGACUUACUUGAAUGCCAUAGGGUGUGUUGGAAGUGCUGCACGUAGAGUAGGAAUGCAAAAUGCCUCCAAUGGUUCCUCUGUAAAGAAAGACAAGAAGACAGCCCUUCUAUCACAAGGUGAUGAUGUGGGUGAUGACUGGCUUGAUGAUGAUUUGGGCAUGUUUACAAAGAAAAGGAAAAGAGCAGAGAAAUUUGCAUUUGAGUAUAGGGAACCAAGAAAAGAGAGAAAGAUAUCAUCUGAGCAUAGCUCUCCAGCGCCCUUACCUACUAUUCCUAAGAGAGCACGCCAAACGAAAUUGACAACAAUCCUCCCCAAGCAGCCAAUCAAAAAAAGCAUUCCUGAGGAGAAUGUAGUAGUAGCUGAGGAUGAGCCACUUAACCUUAAUAGUGAUAACCUCCCCAUGGCAGAGAGGUAUAGGAGCACCUCUGAUGCUGGAAUCUCUGAUAGUUGUAGUAAUGUGGAGUCCAGUGCUACACUGAGUGGUCCUCUGCGGCUGAAAGUGCGAGUGCAGGAUCGCCUCCUGCUGGUUCCUGUAGCUGGGGGUGGUAACAAUCGUACGGUGGCCUGGCUAGCUGAGGAGGUCACACGUCGAUACUAUCAGUUGUCUGGUCUGCGUCCACACCUCGUCCUCACGACUCAGGAUGGGGCUGCUCUUGAUCCAAAUGACCCAAUAACACUGGUUCUUCCCUCUGACCAGGCAGAACUAGAGGGUCAGGUGAAGGGAUGGGACUUGCCGCCCCUUCCAGACCGUUACACAGCAGCCUGCCAGGCACUCACCACCCGUACCAUGCCUGCCCUCUGUUCUGCCCUUCACCAGACAGAGGUCUCCACCACUUUAGACUUGAGCUGUGUUGGCUGGUUGGCAACAACACACCUGCAGCCUGUAUUAAGAGCCAUCCAGUAUCAGCAUAGCCUGCGUUUGCUCAGGCUAGCCAACUGUCGUCUGUGUGAUGAUGGUUUCAACAGCCUGUUGGAAGCUCUCUCAACUUUGCCUUCUCUUGAAAUGCUGGACCUCAGAUCCUCAUCAAUUACUUCAUCUAGUUUAUUUGAACUCACUCAAGCAAUCACAAGUGAGAAAGUAAAGUUAAGAACACUGUGUUCAAUUGACCUUAGUUACAACGUGUUAUCUGAAGCAAAACUUAUCAACAUCCAUACAUUACUUAGCUUGCCUACCCUUCUCAAUCUUUCAUUAAAGCACUGUGGAAUUACCCUCAUUGGUGUCCAGCAGCCAUCACCUAGUGUUGUGACAUCACCUCUUAAAACUCUUGCUUUGGAUUAUAAUACACUGUGUAAGGAAAACCUGUCUUUCUUGUUAUCUUGUGUUCCUGGUCUUUCCACCUUGACUCUGAGUGGAUUGAGGCAAAAAAAAGAAGCAUCUUCAAGGCAGAAUAGCGGUAUUGGCGCAGCACUUUCGCUGGUGCUUGGGGCUGGUGAGGAGUGUCUGCUGAAGCACCUGGACCUCAGCUGUUGUAACUUGAGUGACACAGAUCUGGAGGACAUCUCAGCCUAUCUAUAUCGGUGUCCACACUUGUCAACCGUCAACCUGGCACAUAAUGCAGCCCUGACAGCAUCCUCAGUCAGCACUUUCUUCACUGAACUCACUACAAACAUUGCUCUGCCUCUCACUGCACUCAGUCUGCAUGGCAAUGAGGUUGUUGCUUGCACUUUGAAGGACCAGAUCACUUCAGCACUGAGACAGAAGGCAACAACCAAGCAUGCCAUAACCAAGUUUUCUGUCACUGCUGCUGAUCCUGAUUCAGGUAUUGAAAACUUUUGGAAGUCACAUUACAAGAAGGCUUCCAUAAAGAAAAUUGGAAAGGAAGUGUUUCUUUCUUGUAAUGAUGCAUAAAUUAAUUUGUACAAAACCAUAUAGUUGAGGAACUGCAACUCUUCAUCUUACAGACUGUCCUUUUAGGUUAAAAUGUAAAGGGCUAAAUUUUUCACUAAAUAUAUUAAAUAUGAAUAUAAAAAGAAAAAAAAUUAUAAGUAUAUAGGUAUGAUGAAAUUUGAUCAUGUAUUUCUCAUAAUAAAUCAUGAAAGCUA